CGUUCAAUUUGUUUAAAAAAUCUACUUGUGCCCCAUUGCAAGUACAUCUUUCAAAAUAGCUCCAAGACACCUCCGCAGCCAUGCCAAAGUAUACCGUCUUCUUGAUUGUCGCGGAUCGAAGUGCCAAUCGAUCCGAAGAAGAGAAAAAGAAGCAAUCCGAUGAUGUGAAGAAAGAUCCGUCCUUCAACAAAUUCAUGAAGGAGUUCCUGGAUUGGAUAGGGGAAGAGACGAACGCCAAGCGUCUCAAGAGCGCAGACGUCCUAGAAGAGUCUACCGAGCAGACCAGUAUCCGGGUCAAUUUUCAUAGCGACGAGACACCAGCUGCAGAAGCAGAGAAGGAUGAUGACACCAAAUUCAUGCCUCCAACCAAAUCAUUGACGACACGCGGACAUCUGGAGUGUGUAAGCGCCAACAUUCUGGGCUACUAUACCGCUGAGUUCCCGACGAUCAAUGAUGCAGCUACGUGGGCACAGUCCUGCCCCAUUGCUUUCGAUGGCUUUGCGUUGGAGAUCAGGCAGCUGACGGACACGGAUAAAACUAUUAGUGAGGCGACGCCGGAAGUGAAAGAGUGGGCUGGAGACCAGAUUGUGUCGGCGCGCAAGCAGCUAGUUGAGGAGGGGAAGUUGAAGAAGGAGGAGGAUGAGACGCUGUGGGUUAAAGUGGAGGAUAGUGAGGAAAUUAAGGAGGUUGUUACUGAAGCUGAGAAGAGGCUGGCUGAGAAAGGAGACGAUGAAAAAGGGGAGGCGGAGAAGGUGGACGCGGUGGCGGAAAAGGAGAAGGAAAAGGAUUAAGAAUCGUUACGAAAUUAUGAGACAGACUUGCAUCACGGAUUCUUUUGCUUUGAUGAAGUGG